UUUUUGGUGGUUUAGGGCUUUUCUUUCUGCCUUCACCCUUGGAGUUUUGUCAGUAAAUCUCUCAGUGCAGUCUGUGGGGGAGGGGUGUCAGAGCUUGAGCUUCUCUGCCUUCUGGAAGCUUUGAUGGGCUAAAGUCCAGCAGUCUGUGAGGGAGGGGUUUUGGAACUUGAGCUUCUCUGUCCUCUGGAGGCUUUGAUGGGAUUAGGUCCAGCAGGGUUUGCUGGAUGUACCUAGAGUCCAAAACCUCAGGAAGGGGUGUUGGUGGUGGGGCAAUAUGGAGUGUCUCUGCUGCUACAACUAUGCCUCCUGCUCUGCACUCUGUGUUUCUCCUUUGUCUACUUCCCCACUGCCUGUGUUGGACACUUUGAGCCUGGCAUGUCUUUGCGUGCAAGGUAUUCCCUCCAGACCAGUGACUUUGCCUGUUCAGAGGUUCCAGCUGUUACUGGCGGAUUAGCACUCUAGUUGAGGAGGGGUCCUGGGACCUUCCCUCUUCUUUCCCCUUAAACCAGAGUAUUCUGGAAUUCUGGCUUUUGGGGCUGUACCUUUUCCGUUGAGUCCAGCAGGAGGGUUCCUUGGCUCUGUCUUGUUGUUGGGUUUGAUUGUCAGUCCCCUAAGAGCAUUUAGUUUGCCAUCGGUAAGGGUUUUCAGAGGUCUGAAGGUUUGCUGCUUCUACACCACCAUCUUGACUCCUAUUCUAUUUUUCAUUUUUUAAAUGUGGUUUUAUUUCUUGUUUUCUUAAGACUUUAGCAGCUUCCCCUUGCCAAAUACUAAUUUAUGAAUUAUUUAUUUCAAUUUCCCCCCCCCCCAUUUUUCCUCUUCCCCUUCACUAGGUGCUUCCCUAAUAUCUUUAAACACUUAUUAGUUUUCAUAACUUUGAAACACUUGCCUUAACUAAAUUCUGCCCCAUCAAAUUGGACCACUUAGUCCACUGUCCUUGGAACAUAUUUCCUUGUAUUUUGGAUGGUGAUUAAUGAACUUUGAAUGACUAAAUCCUGAAAAGUUACAUAGUAUAGUGGAUAGAUCUGCCUUAUAGUCAGGAAAACUUAGGUUCAAGUUUGUCACUUUUAAACCUGGGCAAGUGUACUUCUACGCCAAAUUUUGCUGAGCAAUUGCAGAUCUACUUAAGUAGGAGGCUUUUUUUUUUUUAGACCAUUAGUUCCUGUCUCCAUGAAAUAACAAGGUGGGUUUAAAAACUGUGUGACUGGGCAUUGCUUCAAGUAGAUUACCUGAAAACCCCUCCCCCCAACUAUUUAAACUGUUAAUGUCAUUUUUGUAACAAAAGAAAACAAUUCUUUUGGCAGCAUUACAAGGGUAUGUAUGUGUUCAUCUAAGCAAUUUAGUUUUUAGUAUGAAGGGCAUUCCCUUGAGAUUUUGUUCUUAAUAUUUGACUUAAUUUUGUAAUAUGGUAAGGUUUAAUCCUGAUCCUGCUAAAGGGGCAAUAACAUGAAAUAUCAUCCAACAUUUAAAAAAUCUGGGGCAUAGUUUCAUGUUCUGAUUCACAGAAGAAAUGGUUCCUGAUAGCCAUUCCUUCCUGCAUCUUUAAGAAGCUGCACGUGCAAGUAGGCUCAGUUCUAGCAUUUGGAAUAUGUUUUUCAUAAAGGUGUAGCAGAUGUGAGUGUUGAUGGAGGUGAUGGUGCAGAAUCCUCUUCUGUUUGCUCAAAUCCCUUUCCCUCUUUGCUGUAAGUCAAUUAGUGAGGUGCUUAGGGAUGGCAAAUCAUACCAUAUCCUGGAGGAGAAAAGAUCAAUGAAUCCCUGAACAUAACCUCCCGACUCCUUCCUUCUUUAACCACCCACACUCAUCAGCAAAUUCCCUUCCAAUGUACAAGCAGGCCCUAAAAGCCAAGGUCAGAAACCCGGGUAGGGAACUCAAGGGGCCAGAUGAGUGGCAGCUGCAGCAAGGGCAUUUGGUAAGUCUUCCGUUACGUUUCCUUCUUCCCCCACAAAGGCCGUCAGAAGUCUCCCCGAAAGUCAGUGCUUUGCUACGGGGACCCUAGGUGGGGGGGGCAGGCGGGAGUGGGAGUAGGUGUGUGUGGGGGGGAAGGGAACGGGAGUGUGGGGGGGGAGAAGGGGAAAAGGAGGAGGAGGCAGAGCUUGGGCCAGCGGCGGGCUCUGAUUGGUCUCUGCGGGGCGGGGUCCUUUCCCAUUUCUUCCCCGUGCGUAGGGGAAGGGGGCGGGACGCGUUGCUCGCCUCUCAGCCUCUGGAGCUGCCUGAACCAGCUGCCAGGGCAGGCUCUGCUGGAGGAGCCGCCUCUAUUGCCACUGAAACUGCCACCCAUACCCGCACUCCCCCGUGUCUGCCGCGGGGCUUUCGCGCCUUACGACUCGGGGCUCUUUCCGGGGCUCUUGCGGGGCCUCAGAGAUUGGGGGCGGGCGGCUUAUUGCGGCGGCGGGCUUCUCUGCGGGAGGGUCACGCCGGGACCACCACCGCCGCCACCAUCACCUUCUCCUGUUCCCCUUCCCCCAGCCUUCUGGCUCGGCGGGGCCCCCGCCCCCCUCCACCUCUCCAUUCACGCGGGAGAAAGAGGAAGCGGGGAGGGGGGGCGGGGGAGAAUCGGUCGCCUGGGGUCCGGCUCCGACCGGCUCCGGACCGCGUCUCUGCGGGAGCUGAAGGCUCCACCUCCUCCGAAGCUCGGACCGGGGCAGGAAAUAGAGCGGGAGGGGGCGACUUGGGCAAGGGCGGGGUACUCUGGGCUGGGAGCCCUGGGGUUAAGUAGUGAGUUCGCUUCCUUACCUUCCCCUUCCCGGAGUGGCUCCGCCCCUGUGGGCAGCGGGGAACCACUCACCCUCACCGCCCCGCUGGGCCAGGGCCACAAAAACUUUUCCUUCCAAUUUCGACGGGUUCUUAGAGCAGGAAGUCCGCCCUCCCCACGUUUCCCUUUUUCGCCCUAACCCUCUCCCGCUUCGGUCCCGGCCCCCGAACGCCUGAAUCCAGCGGUUUCCCCCUCCCUGCGCGGCCUGCGAAGGGGGGAGGGAAGUUGACCGAGAAACGCAAAGGGGCGUUAGUGGGCUUUGCGCCAAAGGCAGGCGGACCUUGAUCCUUGAUCCUUGGUGGCUGAAACUGGCACCGUCGUGGAGGGAGCAGCUGGACGCAUAGACGGCUGGGUGGGCUGCUUGAACGUUUCAAUUUUCCCUGUGCUGUGCUGGGGGAAAAGAAGAACGGGAUUUGUCGAUCUUCAGGCUCUGCAUCUCUUUUUCUUGGAAAAUGAAGUUAAGCCGUCAGUUCACCGUGUUUGGCAGUGCGAUCUUUUGCGUGGUGAUCUUCUCUUUGUACCUGAUGCUGGACCGAGGCCACUUCGAUCACCCCAAGAACCCUCGCCGGGAAGGCGCAUUCCAGCAGGCUCAACUUUCAAUAUUGCAAGAAAAAAUCGACCAUUUAGAACGUUUGCUGGCAGAAAAUAAUGAAAUCAUUUCAAAUAUUAGAGAUUCUGUCAUUAAUUUGAGUGAAUCUGUGAAGGACGAUCAGAAAAGCCCACGAAGUAAUAAUGUCAGUCAAGGAUCCAUCUCUAAUCUUAAGCCAUCAAGUCUAAUACCUUUUCCAAACGAACCUGAGGAGUGUUCAUUUGCUUUAGAAAGUGGAAAUCAGAAUUCAGAUGUACAGAUGUUGAAUGUUUAUAGCCUUCUUAAAUUUAACAAUCCAGAUGGAGGAGUUUGGAAGCAAGGAUUUGACAUUACAUAUGAAGAUAGUGAAUGGGACAGUGAGCCCCUUCAAGUAUUUGUUGUGCCUCAUUCACAUAAUGACCCAGGUUGGCUGAAGACUUUCAAUGACUAUUUUAAAGACCAGACCCAGCAUAUCCUGAAUAACAUGGUGGUAAAGCUGAAUGAAGAUAGAAGGAGAAAAUUUAUAUGGUCUGAAAUCUCUUAUUUUUCAAAAUGGUGGGAUGGAAUAGAUAGUCAGAAGAAGGAUGCUGUUAAGAGUUUACUAUCAAAUGGACAACUUGAAAUUGUAACAGGUGGAUGGGUCAUGUCUGAUGAAGCAUCUACACAUUACUUUGCAAUAAUUGAUCAACUUAUUGAAGGACAUCAAUGGCUAGAAAGAAACCUAGGAGUGAAACCCAGAUCAAGCUGGGCUGUUGAUCCAUUUGGACAUUCACCAACAAUGACAUAUCUUUUGAAACGCAGUGGAUUUUCCAAUAUGCUUAUCCAGAGAAUUCAUUAUGCUAUUAAAAAACAUUUUUCAAUUAUGAAGUCACUGGAAUUUUAUUGGAGACAAAAUUGGGAUUUGGGAUCUAAUACAGAUAUAUUUUGCCAUAUGAUGCCAUUUUACAGUUAUGAUAUUCCCCACACUUGUGGGCCUGAUCCUAAAAUAUGUUGCCAGUUUGAUUUUAAACGACUUCCUGGAGGUAGAAUCAGCUGUCCCUGGAGAGUCCCACCAGAAGCAAUACAUGAUGGAAAUGUCAAUCACAGGGCAUGGAUGUUGUUAGACCAGUACAGAAAGAAGUCAAAGCUUUUUCGUACUAAAGUGCUCUUGGCUCCUCUAGGAGAUGAUUUCCGAUAUAGUGAAAGCUCAGAAUGGGAUCAGCAGUACCAGAAUUAUCAGAAAAUUUUUGAUUAUUUGAAUUCUCAUCCUGAAUUACAUGUUAAGAUACAAUUUGGGACUUUAUCAGAUUAUUUUGAUGCUUUGCAUACAGUAGAUACACAACUCAAAAAAGGUACUAAAUCAUUUCCCGUUCUGAGUGGAGAUUUCUUCACAUAUGCUGACAGAGAUGAUCAUUAUUGGAGUGGAUAUUUUACAUCAAGACCUUUUUAUAAACGAAUGGAUAGAAUAAUGGAGUCCUACUUAAGGGCUACUGAGAUUCUUUACUCUUUGGCACGAUUACAAGCUCAGAAAUAUAAGAAGACAAAUUUAUUCCCUUCAUCAUCACAUUAUCAGUUACUUACCGAGGCCAGAAGGAAUCUUGGACUUUUUCAGCAUCAUGAUGCCAUUACAGGGACUGCUAAAGAUUGGGUAGUUGUGGAUUAUGGCACUAGACUUUUCCAUUCCUUCAUGAACUUGAAGAUAAUAAUCAGAGAUUCUGCUCAUAUUCUUAUUCUGAAGGACAAAGAUGCCUACAGCUAUAACCCAUCCAUUCCCUUCCUACGGAUGGAGAGUGAACAACAAUCACAAGAUAGUCUGCCACAAAAAACUAUUAUAAAACUGAGUAUGCAACCAAGGUACCUUGUGAUCCAUAAUCCUUAUGAACAAGAGCGUCAUUCUGUGGUUUCAGUAUAUGUGAGUUCUUCAAAGGUGAAAGUACUUUCUGAUUCAGGAAAACCUGUGGUAAUUCAAAUUAGUGCUGUUUGGGAGGGACACAAUACAAUUUCAAAUGAAGCAUACCAGAUUUCCUUUGUAGCCCAUCUAUUACCAUUAAGUUUGAAAACAUACCAGCUUGUGGAAUCAGUGAGCUCAGAGUCACACUUGGCUAUGUAUACAGUCUAUAAUACUGAAGCAAUUUCUGAAACAGUUUUCAAGAUAAAAGAAAUGAAAUCGAAUGCAGAUGACAUCACUAUAGAGAACUCAUAUAUAAAACUUGAUUUUAGUCGAUCUGGAUUAAUGGAGAGAAUGACUAAUAAAGAAGAUGGUAAAAAUCAUGAAGUCAAAGUGGAGUUUACAUGGUAUGGAACCAGAAAUGGUAGAGACAGGAGUGGUGCUUAUCUUUUCUUACCUGAUGGAGAAGCUAAGCCCUACAUUUCUGCUGAUCCACCUUUUAUCAGAGUGACACAUGGAAGAAUUUAUUCAGAAGUUACAUGUCUCUUUCCUAAUUUGAAACACAACGUGCGACUUUAUAAUGUUCAGGGAAUAGAAGCCCAAUCUGUGGAAGUUGCCAAUAUUUUGGACAUUAGAGGAGAAUAUAAUCGUGAGAUUGCCAUGAGAAUUUCUUCUGACAUAAACAGUCAAAAGAGAUUUUAUACUGACCUAAAUGGUUAUCAGAUUCAGCCUAGACUGACAAUGAGCAAAUUGCCUCUUCAAGCAAAUGUGUACCCAAUGACAACAAUGGCUUAUAUCCAAGAUGAUGGGUUUCGUUUGACACUUCUUUCUGCCCAAUCUUUAGGUGUUGCAAGUUUAAAAAAUGGACAGAUUGAAGUCAUCAUGGAUCGGAGACUCAUGCAAGAUGAUUAUCGUGGCCUUGGGCAAGGUGUUCAAGAUAACAAGAUUACAGCUAAUUUAUUUCGAAUUCUUUUAGAAAAAAGAAAUGGAGAUAACAUGAAAGAAGAAACAAAGUCAGUCAGUUAUCCUUCAUUUCUUAGCCACAUAACUUCUUCUUUCUUAAAUCAUCAAGUCAUUACAAUGACUGUAAAUCCAGACAUAAAUAUUCCUCACCUCCUGAAUGAAUUUUCUCCACUUGUAUCAUCCAUGCCUUGUGACAUUCAUCUAGUUAAUCUAAGGACAAUACAAGCAAAGGAAGACAGUGGACCAUCUGAUGAGGCUGCCUUGAUACUUCAUAGAAAGGGAUUUGAUUGUAGAUUCUCUAAUAGAAGUGGCGUACCUUGCUCACUUACUCAGGGAAAGGUGUUGGUACACAAGCUGUUUAAUGAAUUUACUGUUCAGAGUCUUAUACCAUCAUCAUUAUCUUUGAUGCAUUCACUUCCGGAUACUAGAAAUAUAAGCGAAAUCAACAUGAGUCCCAUGGAAAUCAGUACAUUCCGACUCCAGUUGAGAUGAACCUGACUUUUAGUUUUGGACUGUUGGAGAAAUGGCUUUUGUAUCUUCUUGAUUUGACGUGCAAUAAAGAAGCACAUUGUUAUUCCAGCUUCUGGAUACUGUGAGAAUAUGAUUUCUGUGAUUUCCUUUUUUUCUUAACCAAGUUUUUUUUCCCAUAAAAGGCAUGUUUUUAACAACUUUUAGUUCUUUAACAUGGAACAUCACUGUCAGUAUAAAUUAAUGCAACAAAAGAAGAAAUAUCUAAAGAUGUUAACCUAUCAACAACAGAUUUAGUCUCAGGUUAAAUGCUAUCUGUCUUUUUUGAAGUUGUGAGAUGGUUAUUAAAGUAUUUGCUGAUCAUUGAUCAAUUUACAUAAAAACGGCAAUGUUAAUAUCUCAUUUCAGUAUUUCAAUGAAAAGAGAUAAAAAGCUGUAAUAGCUAAUGGCCAAAUAGUUGCAAUAAUGCAUACAAGUUAUAAAUUUUUUUAUCUUAUUUUUUACUGUGGAGAGAUAAAUUUUGUGGUGAAGUGCAAUCCAGGAACUUUUAUGAAAAGAAUGAUUAUCUUUCAUACCUUCCUCUAAUUCUUGUUUUGCAUCCUUCCUUAUCGAUCCUUCUCUCACCAUCACUCCAGGCUGCCAGUAUGUAAUAAAAAAGAACAUUUUCAUUAUUACUUGACAAAGUGGGAUAGGUGCAAUUUAUUCCAUUGUCACUUAAAAAAGCAAGAAGUAAUUCCCUGGGUACCAUAAACCUGUUUUGGGUACCAUAAGGUAUCUUUUUAUAUAGCCCAUUAGAGCAUUACUAUUCUGAGAUGGGUUUUUCUAUAUCAAGAUUACCAUAUCAAGAUAAAUGUGCCUUAUUUUUUUAUAUGUCUCAUUAAAUCUUUUGGUGUCCAUAUUAUUGUUCUGGGGGUGGGAGAUAUAGGGGUUAGUUAGUUUAUAUGAUACUUAAAUUGUGUAAUUUUUGCUUGACAAUACUGGCCACACUCUGAUCUGUGUUGUCUCACUAAUCUUGUGCUGAUGUUAUUUUAAACACUUAGACUUUUUGAAUGUACUAAGAUGUAAGAAAGAGACACCAGGAAAAUAAACACUGUUAAUCAAAAUACAUUGCUGCCAAGGAAACUGCAAAUUGAUGUGAAGAUUUUGUAAAAAUGCAAAAUCUAGACAUCACUAUACACUUCAUAGAUUGUCAACCAUAUUGAAAACAUUUGUAUGAUUUUUAAAUGUCAGUGUCCAAAGUUUGAUAACUCAUGUAAAUUCUUCAUAGCUGUCAUAAUAACAAUUAUGAGCAUUUGACUCACCCAGUUUGAAUAUUUUAAAAAUUAAUUCUAAUUGUAUGUCCAUGUGCCAAAAUGUAUUUGUUGUCCCAUACCAUUUAAAAGAUCUUAGAUCCUUUAAAAACUGGUUUAAUAGUAGUCAUUAAGUAGAUUCUUCAAUUUAUGUGGAAUUUCUGAAAAUUCUCAUUAACUAGAAGGAAGAUAUUUACUUUAAACUUUUAUAAUAUCUUUCCUUCUGUCAUUUAUAUAUUAUAAAUAGUAUGAAAACUAAUUUCUCUUUCCUAUUGUUGUGCAUUGUUUUCUAGUUCUGAAUUUUCACUUAAGAUUCAGUUUCUAAGGGUAUUAAUAAAAUUAAGUUUAUUCAUAAAUUCCAAUCACUUUUAAUAAGCAAGCCUUUAAAAAGCAAGCCUUUAAAGAUAAAACUCACAAAUAGAUAACUUCAUGCAAUAAACAUGUACUGUAAGUUUCCUUGGUGCAGUGUUUGAAAACUUCCUGUUUGUUGAAAUCUACAGAUUUUAGAUUAUCAGUGGAAAGUUCCAAUAAAAAAGAUCCAGUAUUUUAAUUGAAUCUUAAAUGAAAAACCUUCCUAUGGGAGAUCACUAUAUUCUGUGAGAAAGUUAAUAUUCAUAUUUUAUUCUUUCCCUAAAUUCUGAUCAGCUAUAAAGCAAUUUUGAUGCAAUAAAAAGUAUUAUUUUUUAGAAUUAUUAUGUUAGAAUUAUUUUGGGUGGAUUUAUUCUAUGUUAUUCCUCAGUAUCUUGUAUCAGCUUUACUUUUGAUUACUUCCAUCUGUUGAAACAUAAUACAAAUACAUUCUUUAACCAGUGAGUUUCUUUUCUUAUCCUUUUUAAGUAAUUUCUAAUGUAGAACAUCAGGGAAAUUAAGAAAAUGACCUUUCUUUAAGUUAUAAUCAAAUACUCUCAUUUGAAUCUCUCUGGCUACAUACUUAGUUGUUCAUUCAUUUGCUACAAAUAUUCAAGAACCGUGUUUUCCAUUGCUUUUAUUUUUGAGAGCUACAGAGAUAUUUGAGAACCCAGGGUCCUUGUAUUCUACAAGUACUGAUGAAAAUAAAAUUCUUUAGAGAAAUGUGGUAAAAUGUAAUUAUUUUCCACAUCCAUGUUGUACCUGUACUGAAAUGUUUUUACACUGCUUUGUUGAGACAGAGAGAGAGAGAGAGAGUGUGUGUUUGUGUGUGCGUGUGUGUUUGUGUUUAUCUUGCCCAUACUGUCCUUAAAACAGAUUGAAUUUAACAGAUUUUGAUAUUUUCUCUAAGAAGAUUUUAUCUCUUUUGGGGGGAAAUAUAAGGUCUCUAAUAAAAAUAAUAUGAUGCCUCA